AUGACUUUGAACGUGUUAACCGCAACAGUAUCGAACUUUGAUUCUGUCUUUGAGAAAUUCCGAUCAGAGGCUCCUAAAAACAGAGCAAACCUCGUUCUGUUCUUGGCUGAUAAUGAUCCUUCUACCUCUCUCAGCUGGUGCCCUGACUGUGUGAGAGCUGAGCCAGUGAUUCUCAAGAAGCUAGAGGCUUCACCUAAUGAAAUUGCGCUUUUGAAAGCUUAUGUUGGAGAUAGACCAACAUGGAGGAACCCACACCAUCCAUGGAGGGUGGAUCCUAGGUUCAAGCUCACUGGUGUGCCAACGUUGAUCCGUUGGGAGAAUUAUGCUGUCACAGGUCGCCUCGAGGAUCAUGAAGCUCAUCGUGAGAACAAAAUUGAAGCUCUUGUCGCUGACAAAUGA